AUGGCGGAAUAUCAGAAAAUAGAUGCAGACUAUUCGGAUCACUCGGCGACGGCCAAAUCAAAUUACUACCGCAAAGAGGAACACCUGGAGAUCGACCUAUUCCAAAGGGAGGCAGAUCUGCAUCAUCGUCGCCUGACCUGCUCGAGAAAUCCCGGUCACGAAAACUUUAUCCCGAUCCCAGAUUUAACCUUAGAUUGUUUCCCGGAAGCGUUACGUCACCAGGAGGUCCUUGAUUACGUCGUUGCUUUCAGUAAACUUGUUGUCAGGUUAAAGGUGAAACACACAAGCGGUGACAGGCCAAAGAACGACCCGUUUCAAAACUUCAUUGGGCGAGACGUCUUGCGAGGUGCCACAGGAUGUGUGAUUGGCGAAGUGGACAUGAUCAACAUCGAAGAGUUCCCUUGCAGGGAUGACGGUUGCCUUUUACAGGGAUGUGUUCACAGCGUGUACGGAUUUAUCGACGUACUCACCAACUGCCACGUAGUUCACGAUGCAAAAGAGGCGCGGUUUACAGAGGUGGAGUUCUUCUUCGACGCGCCUGACAGAUUCAGUGUUGUAACUUUGAAAGGUCAUGAAGUGAAGCGAAUCAGCCGAGAUGAGGAACGGGUUGUUGUUCGAUGUGUCACCCAUGAUAUUGAUUUCCUCAAGAAACUGUAUCACUUGGUGGAGACAGCAAAAAGCCUGGGUUUGGCAAUUCCCAGAUCGGUGAAGGAUUCUUCAAUGACGGAUUUUGCCAUAAUCGUAUCCCACCCUCAUGGAUCAGUUAAGGGGUUCUCCAUUGGGAGGCUUUUGGAAUACAGGAAAACUCCAGAGAAAACAGGAAUGUUGAAAAGGUUCCUACGGCAGGCGGCGGGGAAACGCCCCUGUCUGCGUGUCACGACAUAUACCACUCCCACUUGCCCCGGUUGCACAGGUGCGCCCGUGGUCACAGGAUACGACGAUGGUUGGGGUUGGUGGUCGCUUUCUCAUAGUACCGCUGAUCUGAACUCUGGGAUAAACAUGGCUUUCUCUGAUUAA